CAGAGCAGUAUUACCAUGUCUGGACGAGGCAAAGGUGGUAAGGGAUUAGGGAAGGGGGGCGCUAAGCGGCAUCGUAAGGUUUUGCGCGACAACAUCCAGGGUAUCACCAAGCCUGCCAUCCGGCGUCUGGCCCGGCGAGGUGGGGUCAAGCGCAUAUCUGGCCUGAUUUAUGAAGAGACCCGUGGGGUACUGAAGGUGUUCUUGGAGAAUGUGAUCCGAGACGCGGUCACUUACACGGAGCACGCCAAGCGGAAGACCGUCACCGCCAUGGACGUAGUGUACGCCCUCAAACGCCAGGGACGCACCCUCUACGGCUUCGGCGGUUAGGUCGCCCGUUCUCAGCGAUUUAACAUCUUUUACUACCAAAGGCCCUUUUCAG